GGGGCUUGCUGGGGGCGGGGCUUGGGCUGCCUGCGGCCUCCAGGAUGAAGGAGUGCUGGGUGCAGCUGGGGCUGCUCAGCGUCCCCCUCCUGGCCAUCUACCUGCACCUCCCGCCCCCCCGGCUCUCCCCCGCGCUGCUCUCCUGGCGCGCCUCCGGGGCCUUCUUCACCUACAAGGACCGCAGCAUCUUCUACAGAGAUUCAGCGGGCGCCGUGGGCAGCUCCGACGUGGUCGUCCUCCUGCACGGCUUCCCCACCUCCAGCUACGACUGGAGCAAGAUCUGGGAGGGGCUGACGCAGCGCUUUUGCCGGGUGGUCGCCCUGGAUUUCGUCGGGUUCGGCUUCAGUGACAAGCCUCGGCCCCACCGCUACUCCAUCUUCGAGCAAGCGAGCAUCGUCGAGGGGCUGGUGCGGCACCUCGGCCUCCACCGCCAGAGGAUCAACCUCCUGUCCCACGACUACGGUGAUACGGUCGCCCAGGAGCUUCUCCACAGGUACGAGCACAACAGAACUGGGAGCAUCUUGAUCAAGAGCCUCUGCUUAUCCAACGGAGGCAUUUUCCCCGAGACUCACCGCCCCCGGCUCAUCCAGAAGGUCCUCAAGGAUGGGGGCCUGCUGUCCCCCGUCAUCACGCGGCUGAUGAACUUCUUCUUCUUCUCCAGAGGGCUUGGGGCCGUCUUCGGGCCCUACACGCAGCCCUCGCAGGCGGAGUACUGGGACAUGUGGACGGCGGUGAGGACCAACGACGGCCAUCUCGUGGUUGACAGUAUUUUGCAGUACAUCAACCAGAGAAAGAAGCACAGAGACCGCUGGGUUGGGGCUCUGAUGGCCACCUCUGUCCCCCUGCAUUUAAUCUACGGGCCCCUGGACCCCGUGAAUCCGCACCCGGAGUUUCUUCAGCUGUACAAGAAAGUGCUUCCCACGUCCACGGUGUCUGUGCUGGACGACCACAUCAGCCACUACCCGCAGCUGGAGGAUCCAUCGGGCUUCCUGAACGCCUAUCUGAGCUUCAUCAACUCCUUCUGAGCUGCUGCUCGCUCUCUGUUUAGGAGUCAGGCUUCAGGGGCAGGAAGAAACUGAUUUUUUUAAUCUCCAGAUCAAUAAUUUGCACUAGCGACCCAAGCUUUGGCUGCCAAACUGCUGCGUCUUAAAUCCUUUGAGCAGCGCAAAAGACGAGCCUGGGGGCAGGCAUGGACAAAAUCAUCAG